AUUAGAAAAUGUUAGCAACAAGAUUAUAUGCGAAAAGUAUCACAGUGGGGAGAGGCCUGGUCUCGUCUACUUUAUAUCAGUCAAGAAAACGUCGAGCACUCAUGUACAUGCCAGGCGAUGACAUACGGAAGAUAACCAAGGCAGCAUCCCUGGACCUGGACCUUGCAGUGCUGGAUUGUGAGGACGCAGUUGCUGUUAGUAAGAAGGCUGCUGCUAGAGACACAAUUUGUGAAGCACUCAAUUCUCUGAGUUUUGGGAGAACAGAGAGGGGUGUCCGGUCAAACAGUGUUUCUUCUGGUCUGCUGGAGGACGAUAUGAAAUCUAUCCUGUGUAAUACCACUCCACCCGACAUUGUCAUGGUACCUAAACUAGACUCGGUUGACGAAGCUCGCUUAUUGAAUACCAUCAUAUCAGAAUGUACUUCUGAACCAAUUCCAGUGAUAUUCCAGACUGAAUCAGCUAUGGGUCUCAUCAAUUUGCACGAAAUAAUUAAGACACUCAUUAAAGCAAGUCACGUGAUCCCAGUGGGUAUUGUAUUCCGGGCAGAUGAUUAUGUGAGUGAUAUAAGAGGUAGCAGGGAUAUUGACGCAGUUGUUUAUGCUAAGCAAAAAAUAGUGACUUACUCACGGGCAUACAAUUUGCAGCCAAUUGACAGAGUUCACAUUGAGUACAAAGAUUUGGACGCCUUAAAAUUAGAAUCAGAAAAAGGGUUUGGAUUCGGUUUCUCCGAUAACAGGAUUCACCCUUCACAAAACCUACGAACAGUCACAUUCGUCUCGCUUCAAUGAUCAGUUAAAUAUUCCCGUGAACUGAUUAGAUCGUUUGCUGAAAAUCAGAACGCUGGUAAAGGUGCCUUUACUUUCAAAGGUAAAAUGAUUGAUCGACCUACUCUGUUGCAGGCACAAAAUGUUGUUGCUAUGUUUGACAUAUUAUGACGGGUUUAUUCAGUAUUGUCUCUGAAAUUAGUUUGUAAAUAUCACGCAUUUAUAAUUAUAUAGGUUUUGACAA